UGAACAGGGCCGCAUUAGAAUAACCUAGGGAAAGCCAGCAAAGUAAAUGAAAAGUUGCAAAGCAGAACUAAAUUGAACGAAUAGAGACGGAACAGAAUGCGCGGUGUACCGAGCGUAUAACACGAGCAGGGGAGGGAUCCUGUCGAAUGGAACGGCAGUAGCGCAUUUGUAGCCCUCAUUAAGGAGAUGACUGUUCUGGCACGGGUUCGAGUCCUCCGUCUCAGUUUCCCCAUCAAUGCCUCCUCUCCACGGCAGACACCGCGCGUACUCACCUGGCGCGCAUGAGCUUAAUUUUGGCUCUUGCAGCACGCGCCUCUUUAAAUGGCUCCAGUGGACAAACCAUGUACCUAGUAGCCUCCAAACCUGUAUCUCUGCGAAGUGGGCAUGCAGGAGUUGGUUACAGCAGGUAGCCGGUGUAUAUGGCCAACAAAUAAUAUUGGAAAAGGUAUAGGCGAGAGGCCGGAAUGCCCCACGACGAUGAUUGCUACUAGUAUUACGGCCAUUACGAUAGAGUGUUUAUUUUCCACACAAUUAUAGACGAUCAAGGAAAGGUGUCAGUUUAGCGGAAUUAUUAAGAUUGCACCAGUGCCGCUCUGUGAUACUGUUACACGCAAGAUCUUCACGCACGGAGUAUGCAGCAGUCCGUCCAACAAGGAGGUAGCCGGUCAGUCGAGAUACGCUAAGGGAUUCACCGACCAACGUUAACUAGCCAGGAGGCCACUGCGAUUAAGCUGUUAACAAUCGAAACGCCUUUACAAAAAAUAACACAGAAAAUGUCCUUCGCAGAUUAAUAGUCAGAAGAGGGUAAUAAUACCAGACAGCAACUGAAAAUAGGUUGUAUCCUUACGUCGAAUAUGUGUAUAUAUCAAUGACAAAGAUAUCAUACCUAAGUUUAAAAAUAGUGCCAUAUGUAUUACGAACAAAUGAAUAGUAUCUCAAUGGUGUGACCAUCGUCUUCCAACAAAAAUGACCGUUUUAAGCAAUAGCAGUAAGUGUAACGUUGGAUAGUAAAUAGAACACACUCGUUGUGAGAAGUUGCGAAUGAACAAUGAAUGAGCAAAGCGAUUCCAGGAGAACUAGUACGAUGGGAGCGUCAGCCUCUCAGGCAAAAAUGUCUGGAAGAGGAUCAUCACCGUCGGUGACUCCAUUCCGCCCAACACCCUUCAUCCGCACCGCUUCGGGUACUUACGUCAUCACGGGCUGUGAACGCGGCCCGCGUCUUGUAGUGGUUAAUCCAAUGCAUGUCAUGACGCUGUCAAGAAGAUCGUUAGGCGUCAAGCUCGCCCAGCGCUUGCAACUGGCAUCGCAGAAAUGGUUUACUCACGUAAUACUCCUUUCGGUGUUGAUGUGCUAUUGUGUCAUUGGUGCUGUCUUCUUCAAGAUUAUCGAAGGCCCGCAUGAAGUUCCGAUUAAAGAAGACGUUAAUCUAGUGCGCAACGGGAUUAUCGACCAGAUGUACCGUAACUUAACGCGGAAUGGAUGUAACUGCUCAAAUGAGGACUCGUGGAAGAUAUUUGCCCUUCAGCGCAUGAAGGACUAUCAAGAGCAACUAUUAAUAAUGUGGAAAGAUGGAGUGAAAAGUUCAUCCGACAAACGUAUGUGGACUUUUUGGGGGUCGAUGUUCUAUUGCGGCACUGUUUUCACUACAAUAGUCAUCAAGUUUCAACACGGACCCAAAACAGCUAAGUUACCUGAUUUGCUUAGAUGGACUGACACAUCUUGAGCACAUCGAUAGCCCACCAUUCCAGCAGCAGCAAUAACAGUAUAUGUGUAACAACGCCGGCACUGUUCCAGGUCGUUGUCAUCAGAAUAAAUCGAUAUUGCUCUGGCGGUACCAUGCUCUCCUGUUACCAGCAUAGGCAAAUCAUCCUACGAUCUGUGACCCUGAAAUCUAUUGAUGGAAGCAACAACACCAGGAGGGUGCGCUCAGGCGUCCACAUUUGUUUCGAUUAUUGACAGUUUUACUAAAUAGCAUUUGGUUCAGGGCCUAAUGCCAUCGACCAGGGCCAAUUCCCAGCGACCCAACAAACUGUCACCAAGCAAGGCCGAUUCACGGCAACGCAACUUUUCAACGCUUUGCAGAUUUAGUCAUGCUUUUCGUGCCGAGAUUAGUUUUGUCCAGUACCAACCGCUAUAGAGUGUGAGAAGUCGAUUGUAGAGGUCUGUCAUCAUGUCCACGCUCUCUCAUGCUGUUGGCAGCUCCAUCGGUACAAAGCAAGAGGUAUCGAUGUACCAAAGAGAAAUGGCUAACAUGAAACUAUAAAGAAUGAUAAUUUUUCUGGGACUACAUAACGGUGGACAUGGGUUCGAAUGCUUGUAUAUGAUAGUAGGUGUUUGUGAGUAAGGGCCUGCGUAACUUGCUUUUGCCAGGCCAAACAAAAAAUGAUAGUAUAAUGAAAUGUCUUUUUUGCGUAGUGGAGAAAUAGAAGCUGAGAAAGACAGACGCACAUGGUUUAUCGGCAUCAAAACGGCGUCAUUAUUGACAGGAAGAUAUUUCCGUUUCCGGUUGUUCGAAAUACUCUUAAAAAAUUUGCUCAGCGGAAAUAAUAUGGGCCGAUAUUGUUUCUCGGCUUUGCUGAAGGGGAAAUAUAGAAUGGGACUAAGGUAGAAAUAGGAAACAAAAAUGUGUAGAUCGUAUCUUUGCAAGCUUCCAUAUAGCCUAUCACGAGUUCCCGUAAUUUCGACCGAAGUCAAAUGAGCUCAAAGAUUAAUGACGUAGAUUGCACUAUGUGUUCUACUAACGCGUUUGUUACCAUGUUAACCACAUAGAUAAGGACGUACGACCGAAUCGCUUACAUUAAUGUUACAGCUGUUGAGCCACAUUGUAUCACUAAGCCAAACACGGUAUUGGUUUAUUUGAGUAAAAUAUAUGCAUUGCGCUUCCUCAAUGAAAUGAAUAGGAAUAUGAAAAGGAGCUCGUGAUGGCUCCAAAAAACAAACUUAAUGUCACACGUUUUUGUGACGGAUUUACCGGACGCAUGUCCUUGACUUUCUGUAUGUGCUGUUAGUUUGACCGUCGGUAGUAUCGUUUAUGGUAAACAUUAUAAUUAAUGUGCAUGAAAGCCGUUAUGUAUGACUAGAUCCUGCGAAGCAGUUCACCAGGCUUUCAACUCCAGUUAGGAGCAACAACUUAUUCAAAUAUAGCAUUCUGAUGUACUUAAGGGGGCAACAACUCGAGUAAGCUUUUAUCUCCUGCCGCUAUGAAACCUCUGUCAAUGCGACAAUCAUUAUGAAUACUUUCUUAUGAGAAAUGGCUAUUGAAAUAGACGCCUUGUGCAGUAAUAGAUGCAAAUGUGACUUUUCUCGAUAAAAGUCUUUAGCAUAUGCAGUACAUCAAGGUAAGACUGCCUUUUCCUCAAAUACGAACCUAAAGCCGUCAAAUGAUUGUGUGUCCAGUCUUCUGUGGUAAUAAACAAUCGUUAUGGCCUUAACUACCCCAAAGAAACUAAGCAGGUCAGCUGGGACCGCAGGACGAAGUUACCACAACAUGGAGGAUAACAUGGUAAUGCCUAUGCUACCGAUUACAACAUGACUCACUUAUACGAACGCCGCGUGCCUAACUGGAGGCUGAAAAAACAGUACACGGCGUCUGAAGUGACCUCAGCAUCUACUCCAACGCCUACCCGUUAGAUCUCGUGUUAAGACAGAUACUUAAUCCGCAGAGACCCCUGAGAGGGCUCCCAAUCGAACCCUGCAGUGAUUGAUAAGACAAAGAACAGGGUGCCCUUCUCCUGGUGCCCGAGCCCCUUUAAUCGACCCUGACUUGAGGAGCGCGAUCCUACCUUUGCUAUAACCUGCUACUUCAGAGAGAACUAGAUUAUGAGCCACCGAAUCGUGCCUUGCGAAUGAUAACGCUGGAACUCUUUUGCUGACUCCAUCUCAUACAACAAACCUGACAAGUCUGUAUUCUGUACUUAUUUAUCAACAUGUACAUUGUAAUCUAAAUAAAUAAAUGUAAAAAAAAAAGUAAACUCGUUACGGGCAGUGAGCCCAUAAAUGAUCAAACUGGUUAAAAUAUAAAAAAAAAACAUCAGGAAGUCCUCUUACAGUUAAAUGCGUGUUGAUUUUUUACAGUAAUACAUUACGCUGUAUCGAUAGAAGUAGGAUACGAAGAAACCAAAUCGCUGUUUUGUUGUUCUAUUAAGGGACGUCCCCUAAAACAAAAGCAGGUGAAUAAGUUGUUGUAGCACGAAAGGCUGGUUCCCAGCUGUAGCCACAUUGCUGACUUGAUAGCUACUUCUUUGGAAAAAGUACUAUUGAGAAUACUAAAUAAUUAAAUUCCCAGUGUUUGUGUAAACCUAUAGUUUUAUGCAAGCAUUAAGCCCGCUUGAGGCACAUGGAUGUAGGUAAACGAAUGAACAUGAUGAAAGUAGAUGUUCGUCAACUUAUUCCUGAGACGAGGCUAUUUGUUUCAAAAAAAGACUAUUCAACAGGCACAACGAUGCCACAUUUAACAA